AUGUUUUUUCAGCGCAUUUUCGAGCGAAAAGACACUGCGGAUAACACAGCCCUGCCAGGUAAUGGGAAUAACGACGCCGAAGAGACUGACACUUAUCAAUUAGGCGAGGCGAACAAUGUCAUUGGCGAGGACAAGGACAGCAAUAACAACAACAAUCAGGCAAAUAGCAGUGCAGACUCUAAUAAAAUGCAGCGGCGCUAUGAGCAAACUGUAACUGCUGUGCAGCUAACCUCGUUGUGGGAGCAUGUUUUACGUACGCGUCGAUUGCCGGAAACAAUUUGCCCAGCCGCAAUGUUUACCGAAUUCCAUGAAAGGCUGCAGGAUCCCGAGUGGCAGGUGCGCCAACAUGCAUUACGCGUCCUUGUCGACGUGUUGAUGGUAAUGCGCUCUAAGGCUGACAAGCAUAAUAUGCACUUUUUAAUUGAUUUAAUCAAAAACCUCGGACAUCAGGCGCCGACGGUGCGCAAAGGCGCACUUGACUGUUUGCGAGUCUACCUCUCGGAGACAGGUGUGCCCGAGAUGGUAAUGCUCCAGAUACUGGACACUGGCUUAAGCCAGCAUUCAAUCUACGAUGAACGCCUCGGCUGUGGGGUGCUGCUCUCACUCCCGCCAUUACUGCAAUCGAUUUUGCUCACGCCACAACGUCAUUUCAUAGUGAAACACGUCGUGGAGCGACUAGUAGAGCGCUUGCAACGCCAACAGACACAGCAGGAGAUUAUUUUGAAAGUGUUAGCCAAAAUAAGUGAGCUGUUGGGCGUGCAAGAGUUUGAACAUUACUUGAACGAAGUGGAAAGUGUCGAUGGGUUGUCACUCUUCAAUCAACUGUGCAAAAUAUAUGGAAUAUUUAAUAAGCCCAAUCGUGCUGAAGGUGUAAAUGCAGGGGCUUGGAGAGCUCUACCGCGAGAGCACACAUGGCGAGCGUCGAAUAUUGCGCAGGAUCCGAAAGAAGUCCCUCAUCCAGAGAAAGGAAAGGUGAUAAUGGAAACGGAAAUCAAGAUCAACGAUGAUACACUUACCAUGCGAAUUCUAGAGGCAGAAACUGAGACCGAAGAGACGGAUAGCCCCGUUUUAGAGGCAACGGAACUCGUCUGUCGCCCACUCCCCGCCCAACCCCAACGAGAAAUGGAUGCAGGAAUACUGCAGAUAAUCAGCGACUCAGAAUUGGAAGAAAUGAACGAAACUGAGAUUGGCACUCCCUUCCGGGGCCUGAAACGUGUUACCUUCGGUGGGGAAGUUGUUAAAAUGCGCACACCCGAUAGUGAUGCAGCUUCCUCUACCCAUAAUAUUGAAAGCACCGUUGCAGAUGUGAAUGGACAGCAAACUGGUAAGCCACAGUCUUCUUCUUCUUCAGUGUUAGAGGUACCACAACAAGCAGACAACAAUGAAGCUUUCAAGAUGUCAGCCCUGACAUUGGAGAUUCCCAGUGACAAUACUAAGCCCCUGCCUCGAGCCAGAAGUGCACAAUCGCCACAGCGAAACAAGGGCUUUCUGAAGGAACAAGCAACGCCAAGUACUAAUGCAGCCAACUCAUAUGCAUCGCCCAGUAGAGAUGGGUCUCCUGCUUACCGCAGCUGUAGCAUCAGUCCGGCAGGCAGCAUUACUGCCAGUCCGAAAGUACCCCACAAAGAAAUCGAAGUGCUACACAAUCUUCAGCGUGAAACCGAUCCCUCGCCUCGCUCUAUGCGGCGAAGUGAAAGUCUGACUCCACCUGCAACGGCAACCGUUGUACAAGCAAAACCACCACCAACGCCAAAUAACUGGGAAGAUCUGGACAUUGUCAACUAUAAAACUAUAAUGGACUUGCGCUCAGGUGAUUGGCGCAAUCGACUACAAGGUAUAGCCCAGCUGGAAAUAGCACUAAGCCUAUCAAGCAAUCUGGUUAUGGUGCAGCCCUACCUAGACAGUCUGCUGCGCACAUUACUUUCCUCAGAACGAAACUUCGAAGUAGCCGAGCUCAAGCGCGAAGUUCUAGUUAAUUUGAUUUCACGCCUGCCACUGGACAACUUGGAGGAGAGGACGCUUCAAAUACUGUCGGGCCUGUGUCGCCAAGGCAACGCUGGAGCAAAUCGUGUGUGCAAAGCGCUAAUGCAACGCCUGCCAGCAGGCACUAUUGUUGCUAAAUUAACUGCGCCCGACUACCUGCAUGCUAAGAGCUCAAAAUUUCGUGACCAUGCGCUGCAGAUGUCCAUCUACUCACUGAUGUCAUUUCCCGGCACAUGUUUCGACAUAAAUAUCCUCGCAGCUCAAGUGACCUAUGCUGCACUUAAUCGUAAGCGUCGCGUUCGACAAGCUGCCCUAGAGGUAUUUUCCGUACUAGCUGAUAUAGCCUCGGUGGAUGAGGUAUUGCAAAUUGUUGCCGAGACAGUCGAGAGUACCGAGGCAGGUCCUGCUCUGCUGACAGCUGUAAAAACGCGCUUGUCCCGCCUCCAGUUGCCCAUUAUAACAACUGAUGGAUCCGUACUGUACACAUUCCACAAAACAGACCAAGCUGGGAGAAUGCGCUUCGGAGCAGAUGUGGACUGGAUCACGCAAGGCGAGGGCUCAGCUUCGCCAAAUGCUGUUAAAAGACGUCGUCAGCAUUUGGCAAACAGGAAACGUUUGCUGCAGGAAAGCAAAGAUUCGGAAGACAUGGCGACCCAAAGGUUUCAAAUGGAUGAAAACUUGCACCGACAUUCAUUCCACUCCCCGCCCGAAGCUUUGGACAUGUCUCGAGCCUCCAAUGACUUUUUUAAAAAGAAAGUCUAUAGUACUAAUGCUAACUAUAUGGAGCGUCGCCUAGGAGCCAAGGCAUACUCUGAAUCAUCAAUGGAUGGCAGAAGCACUGACAGUACGACAACGUCGUGUAGUAGUGGCAGUGGAAGUGGAAGUUUUAUUCAGUUGACUCCUUGUAAUGUGGCCAUUAAUAGGCGCUUGGUUCGACAAAACUCAAGAUUUCCAAUUAUGAAGCGACAAACGGACUUUAUUACCAAUUUUAUGCGCAAUAUAGAGCGAACACCUUGUCAAUAUAGUUUCGAGGACACGAAAGACCAUCCGAUUGUGAAUCAUGGUCUACAAAAACCCCAAAAACAGCAAGGCCCAAAGGAGCCAGCCGCACAAAAAACUUUUCUGGAGCAAAAUUGGCUAGAAAGAACAAGAGCAAUAGCAAGAGUAAAGGAAAUUGGAAAUCAGGAUUUCAAUCACCAAUUAGAAUCAGCACCGAACAGAGAUGUUCUAAAUGCUUCUAAAUGCAAAGUCAAAGCCGAAACACCAAUUCCAGUUACAACAGCCAUCGGACCACAGGCAAGCAACCACAAUGGCGAAGGCUCUCCCCUAUCGAUCAAGUCAACAAGCUAUUCUCAGAAGUCAACUGCCUCGGCCAAAUCAUACGAUGUAGGCAAACAGACCGCAACUCACUCUGCGGAAAUGGAGGCAACGGCAACUAACUUAGAGACGCAAUUCGGGGAGCUAGUAGUGGACGAUAUUGAAGAGGAAACGGAGUCACCCUGUCAGGAGCCCAUUUUAAAGCGGAACGAAAGCGUUAGCAGCCUGCAAAGCAAAACGGAAAGCAUUAAGACACAGCUCGAGGAUGCAACACCACAAAUGUCGCGUGCCCAAUCUAUGAAGUCCUUGGCUAUUGAGGAAGAAAUCGAAAGCGCCAAUAGCUUUGUCGUUGUCGAGGAACUGCAGAACGAGCUCGAAUCAACGGCAGUAGAGUCGGCAUCCCUUCACGAAUUGCCAGAACUAACACCGAAUAUUGGAACACUGCUCCCAGCCGUCUCACGAGUCUCAUCUAGCAAUAAGUCUGAAAUUUUACAAGACGAUAGGGCCAUACAAUCACGCAGCAUCUCACUCGACUCGCUGUAUAGGCGGCGGCCCAAUUCCAAGCAAGACUCUCUGGACAUCAGCACCAGCACAACUGAUAAUAGCUCACAAACCGGCUCUCACCUCGAGCAUACCAAUAGGUUGCCGUCGAAGACCCAGCACACACCGCUAAAGCAAAAGGCAAAGACUUCAUAUUUAUUGCGUGGGCAGCGACGCGUCUCACCCGUGAAGCAGGCCAUCCAUAUGUCACAGACGGAGUUGUUCCCACCGACAAUGUCACGCUUUGACAAGCCACGGGAAGCUUUAAUCAAAACAUUUGAUCAACUCGAUUCUAAUAACUGGGAAGUCAACAUAACAGGCCUGAAAAGCAUGGUACGCCUGAUCCGCUACCAUGCGGAUUUUUUGGAUAGUCAUAUGCAUAUGACAAGUAUUCAGCUCACUCGUUCUGUUCGCAACCUGCGCUCGCAAGUAGCUCGCGCCGCGUGCCAGGUCGCAACGGAACUGUUUACGCUAAAAUGCAAAUCAUUGGAGUUGGAAUGUGAUGACUUGGUCUGCGCCUUAUUGCACCGCACAGCGGACACAAAUCGUUUCCUGCGUGCUGAUGCCACCCGUGCCUUAGAGUCGAUGGUGGAUCACGUCCAGCCUGCGAAAGUACUCAAUAUAUUGACAAGCAAAGGUGCUCAGCAUCAGAAUGCCGUAGUCCGAACAACGACGGCUAAGCUGAUGUUUAGACUGGUCGAACGUUUAGGCUGCGAUCGUAUCUACUCAAUGGGACGUGAAAGUCGUGACAAAUUCUUCAUGGUCGGUGCAAAUCUUUUGCUUGAAGGCAGCCUCGAGACCCGCAGCUAUGCCAAGUCGUUAUUCCGAGCUCUGUCAGAGCACGGCAGCUACCAGCGCCUGCUAUUGGAGGUCAUACCACCGCGUGUAUAUCGAAAUGUGGAGAAGACUUUAAGAAGCAUAACCCGCUAA